GCAAAACGGGAACUCCUAGUGUGAGCUGUUCGCUGUCUGUAACAGAAUAGGCAAAGGCAGGAAUUUAUCGUGGUACAUAAAGUUUUAUUGUAAAUAUAACAUCGAGACGACAGAGAAUACAACUAUAUCAGAAGGGGGAUAACUUCGUGGUGAUUCCAGCACAUGGAUAUUUAAGAAGCCUGAACGGAUUAGUUAAUCCCUGGAAAACUAAGGAAUCAUGACAGCCACAGUGACUCUGGAGGAUGCCCUGUCCAACGUGGACCUGCUAGAGGAGCUGCCGCUCCCAGACCAGCAGCCUUGCAUCGAGCCCCUUCCCUCCUCCCUCAUCUACCAGCCCAACUUCAACACGAACUUUGAGGAUCGCAAUGCUUUUGUGACGGGUAUUGCCCGCUACAUUGAGCAGGCCACGGUGCACUCCAGCAUGAAUGAAAUGCUGGAGGAGGGGCAGGAGUAUGCUGUGAUGCUGUACACAUGGAGGAGCUGCUCCAGAGCCAUCCCUCAGGUGAAGUGCAACGAGCAGCCCAACAGAGUGGAGAUCUACGAGAAGACCGUGGAGGUGCUGGAGCCUGAGGUCACCAAGCUAAUGAACUUCAUGUACUUCCAGAGGACAGCGAUCGAUCGCUUCUGCAGUGAGGUACGUCGCCUGUGUCAUGCCGAACGCAGGAAGGACUUUGUGUCCGAGGCGUACCUCCUCACGCUAGGCAAGUUCAUUAAUAUGUUUGCCGUGCUGGAUGAGCUCAAGAACAUGAAGUGCAGCGUGAAGAAUGACCACUCGGCCUACAAAAGAGCGGCCCAGUUCCUGAGAAAGAUGUCAGAGCCGUCCUCCAUUCAGGAGUCUCAGAACUUAUCCAUGUUCCUGGCCAACCACAACAAGAUCACCCAGUCCCUCCAGCAGCAGCUCGAGGUCAUUAACAGCUAUGAAGAACUGCUGGCUGACAUCGUCAACCUGUGUGUGGACUACUACGAGAACAAGAUGUACCUCACCCCCAGCGAGAAGCACAUGCUGCUCAAAGUGAUGGGCUUUGGCCUGUAUCUGAUGGAUGGUACCAACAGCAACAUCUACAAACUGGAUGCCAAGAAGAGAAUCAACCUCACAAAGAUUGAUAAGUUUUUCAAGCAAUUACAAGUAGUACCACUGUUUGGAGACAUGCAGAUCGAGCUGUCACGCUACAUCAAAACCAGCGCUCACUUUGAAGAAAACAAGUCCAGGUGGUCCUGCACCACAACAGGCAGUAGUCCUCAGUAUAACAUCUGUGAGCAGAUGAUUCAGAUCCGGGACGAUCACAUGCGCUUCAUCUCCGAGCUGGCCCGCUACAGCAACAACGAGGUGGUGACGGGCUCCGGGCGCCAGGAGGCACAGAAGACUGACUCUGAAUACAGGAAGCUGUGUGACCUGGCCCUGCAGGGGCUGCAGCUGCUCUCGCAGUGGAGCGCCCAAGUCAUGGAGGUGUACUCAUGGAAGCUGGUACACCCAACAGACAAAUACUCAAACAAAGACUGCCCCGACAAUGCUGAGGAGUACGAGCGUGCCACGAGAUACAACUACACCAGCGAGGAGAAGUUUGCUCUGGUGGAGGUCAUAGCCAUGAUCAAGGGCCUGCAGGUACUGAUGGGCCGCAUGGAGAGCGUGUUCAACCACGCCAUCCGCCACACCAUCUACUCUGCCCUGCAGGACUUCGCCCAGGUCACGCUGCGGGACCCGCUGCGGCAGGCCAUCAAGAAGAAGAAGAAUGUCAUCCAGAGUGUCCUCCAAGCCAUCCGUAAGACCAUCUGUGACUGGGAGACAGGAAGAGAGCCCCACAAUGACCCAGCACUGCGGGGAGAGAAGGAUCCUAAAGGAGGCUUUGACAUCAAAGUGCCCCGUCGUGCUGUGGGUCCCUCUAGCACACAGCUGUACAUGGUGAGGACCAUGCUGGAGUCCCUGAUAGCGGAUAAGAGUGGCAGUAAAAAGACCCUACGCAGCAGCCUGGAGGGCCCCACUAUUCUGGACAUUGAGAAGUUCCACCGUGAAUCUUUCUUUUACAUCCACCUGCUAAAUUUCAGCGAGACCCUGCAGCAGUGCUGUGACCUGUCCCAGCUGUGGUUCAGGGAGUUCUUCCUGGAGCUCACCAUGGGCCGUCGUAUCCAGUUCCCCAUUGAGAUGUCCAUGCCGUGGAUCCUCACAGACCACAUUCUGGAGACAAAAGAGGCCUCCAUGAUGGAGUAUGUGUUGUAUCCAUUGGACCUGUACAAUGACAGUGCACACUAUGCCCUCACAAAGUUCAAGAAGCAGUUCCUCUAUGAUGAGAUUGAGGCAGAGGUGAACCUAUGCUUUGACCAGUUUGUCUACAAACUUGCUGACCAAAUCUUUGCCUACUACAAGAUUCUGGCAGGAAGUCUGCUCCUGGAUAAGAGGCUGCGAGCUGAGUGUAAGAACCAGAGUGCCAACAUUCCAUGGCCUUCCUCCAACCGCUACGAGACCCUGCUCAAGCAGAGACACGUCCAGCUCUUGGGUCGCUCCAUUGACCUGAACCGCCUCAUUACCCAGAGAGUGUCUGCUGCCCUCUACAAGUCCCUUGAGUUGGCCAUUAACCGCUUCGAGAGUGAGGAUCUUACCUCUAUUGUGGAGUUGGAAGGCUUGUUGGAGAUCAAUCGGAUGACCCACAAGCUUCUCAGUAAGUUCCUGACAUUGGACAGCAUGGAUGCCAUGUUCCGUGAGGCCAACCACAACGUAUCUGCUCCAUACGGCCGGAUCACUCUACAUGUCUUCUGGGAACUCAACUAUGACUUCCUACCCAACUACUGCUACAAUGGCUCCACCAACAGGUUUGUUCGUACCGUGCUGCCCUUCUCACAGGAGUUCCAGCGAGACAAGCCACCCAAUGCCCAGCCACAGUACCUUUAUGGCUCAAAGGCCUUGAAUUUAGCAUACAGUAGUAUUUAUGGAUUUUACCGGAACUUCCUGGGACCACCUCACAUUAAGGCUGUAUGCAGACUUCUGGGAUACCAGGGCAUUGCUGUGGUGAUGGAGGAGUUGUUGAAAGUUGUCAAGAGUCUGCUGCAGGGCACCAUCCUGCAGUAUGUGAAGACCCUGAUGGAGGUGAUGCCCAAGAUUUGCCGCCUCCCUCGACACGAGUAUGGGUCUCCAGGUAUCCUGGAGUUUUUCCACCACCAGCUGAAGGACAUUGUGGAAUAUGCCGAGCUGAAGACUGUGUGCUUCCAGAACCUGAGGGAGGUGGGCAACGCUGUGCUCUUCUGUCUGCUGAGUGAGCAGAGCCUGCAGUCUCAGGAGGAGGUAUGCGACCUUUUGCAUGCUGCACCAUUCCAGAAUAUUCUGCCAAGAGUUCAUGUCAAAGAGGGCGAGCGGCUUGAUGCCAAGAUGAAGCGAUUGGAGGCCAAGUACUCAGCACUACAUAUGGUGCCUUUAAUUGAGCGUCUUGGAACUCCACAGCAAAUUGCCAUUGCUCGCGAGGGAGACUUGCUGACCAAAGAGAGGCUGUGCUGUGGCCUGUCCAUGUUUGAGGUCAUACUGACCCGCAUACGCGCCUUCCUGGACGACUCCAUCUGGCGUGGCCCGUUACCCAGCAACGGUGUGAUGCACGUGGAUGAGUGUGUGGAGUUCCACCGGCUAUGGAGUGCCAUGCAGUUUGUGUACUGCAUCCCCGUGGGAGCGCACGAGUUCACCGUGGAGCAGUGUUUUGGAGAUGGGCUGAACUGGGCAGGCUGCAUGAUCAUCACCUUACUUGGCCAGCAGAGACGCUUCGACAUUCUGGACUUCAGCUAUCAUCUGCUGAAGGUGCAGAAGCACGACGGCAAGGAUGAGAUCAUCAAGAGUGUGCCAUUAAAGAAAAUGGUCGACCGUAUCCGCAAGUUCCAAAUUCUGAAUGAUGAGAUUUUUGCCAUUCUGAACAAGUAUCUGAAGUCUGGGGAUGGAGAGAACAUGCCAGUGGAGCAUGUCCGCUGCUUCCAGCCACCAAUACAUCAAUCGCUGGCUAGCAACUGAGAUCACUACACUUUUAACCAAUUCUAGAUUUAAUUGUACCUUAGCAAGACUCUUGCAGGUUAGAUAUAUGGGUGGUAGCAAAGCACCAGCAAAACAGUGCAGUGGACGGUAGAGGACCUUGACCAGUUUUGUUCUUAGGACCACAUUCACCAUUACAUUCAGUUUUUUUCUAGUGUCCAUAGAGCCAGUAAAUUAGCUAGUGAUUAGCCAAGCAGCAUGCUUCUGAGGCAAUCAGUGAUUGCAAUAUUGAUUUUGAGCAAGACCUUUUCUUUGGUAAGACAAGUCCAGAGAUUUUGGACUUGUGGCCCAGUUUAAGACUUCCUUGCAAAUUGUUUUUUUGUACACACAAAAUGUGCCUUAUUAAAAUGAAUGACUUAUCAUCUUCUUGUCAUCUGGAACGGUAUUCAUUUUCUCAUUUUAUACUCAUUAAAAUUUAUAGCCAAGUGUGGGGAAGUGGCCAAGUGGGAUUUAAGAGAUUAUUUAAACAUUUUGCUGCGGUGAGAGAUCUGUUUUGUUUCCUGUUUGAUGUUGGAAUGACUGCAUGCAUGAGGCUUAUAUUCUUAAAAUAAGGUUUAAUAUUGUUUUUACUCCUGUUAAACAUUUGCUUUUUGUAUUGGAAUAACUGUAAUCUGAUUUUAAUUCAAUAAAUAUGUAACAAAUCUGA